AUGUUACGUCUUCUCAAAUCACCUCAAGUCUUGAGAUCCAGCUUCUCCAAGACUCCUAUCCAAAGAGUCUCCAGACGAGCUCAUCAUACUUCUGGUUCUGGUGCUCCUAAACCAUCACCCACCUCCAGCAAUUCCAGCCCAAGUUCCGAUCACAUGGGCUUCUUGUUCGUAGGCUUAACUGGGGGCUUGGUCAUUAACUGGCUCAUGAAUCGUCAUUCCGAUGAGGUAAUUCGAUGCGAUAAGGAGAAAUUGGCAGAAAAGGACUGGAGACGAGACGUUUUGUGUGAACUGAAAGCCCUCAAUGAGAAGAAGAAUAUUGGUGGUGUGAGUGGAAUUUUAGGUGAAGGUCAUCAACAAAGGUUUCAUCUCAAAUAG